ACUUAGUGCGACAGGAUGUUUUGUAUGUGUGCCUCUUAUUGGCUUUCGUGUGGUUUUAGAACAAAAGACUCAGAGUAGGCCUGAAUUCGCCCUGCAUUGACUCCAAAAUCUACCUGAUUGCAUACAAAUUAGGUCUGUGUUUGAACCAAACAAACAUUUUGGUAUUGCUGCAGGGCAAACUCCGAAAGUGAUAGUAGAUUAAGUGAAUAUCUUCUGUUCUUUGUUUUCUUUUUGAUUUCAAAUAAUUGGCAGGUAAACAGAUGAAAAUAGUGGGGGAAGAGAGCAACGUCUACUGAAGAAAUAACCAAGACACAUUCCCUCGGCAGUCUGCAAGGCCAUGCCUCAUAGAAGUCUCUGCAUAUAGGAAGAACUGUGUUGUGACUGGUGUGUCAAUCAGGGGACUCCUGCUUUACUUUUAAAGUCACUUUAUCAAAUUUAAGGGAUUUCUUAUAACCCAUUUCACUGGGGGACUGUUGAACAAUAACCACAAUGUACCAAGUGGUACCAGGAGGUGCAGGGGGCACAGUUACCAAUGCUACACCUAUCAAACAGAAACUAAAAAGGGAUGCUCGUCCCCUAGUUGUAGCAAGUGUCUUAGGCUUGGUGCUGGUGAUUGCUGCGGUGACCGCAUGGUGCUAUUACAUUGGUUCUCUGCGCAAGGCUGAACUGCUUAAGACAGAACUUCUGGACCUCAACAAGGAUGGCUACAUCAUUCGCAACCAGGCAGGGGCUAUUGUCUUCAGGAUGUCUUUCAGGUCUGGCACCCUGGACUUAGACUCGUGUUCUAAGGAGGGGGAGAUACUGAGCUGCGGGCGCACCAGUGAUAGGAAACUCAAGUUUUUCAUCCAGACUGUAUUUGACAAUACAGUCCAAUGUUACCGUGUGCGUUGGGAAGAAUUGGUUCCCAGCCUGCCCGUGGAGCACGCCAUGACCUAUAACGUCUCGCACUGGUAUGGUGGAGCCGAAACUGCCAUACAGCAUUGGCCUAUAUCCAUCUCCGGGCAGCAGGCACCCAAACCCUUUGUCACCAGUGAUAUCUACUCAAACCGAAACGGCUUUGGGGGCAUCUUGGAACGCUACUGGCUCUCAUCCAAUGCCACGGCCAUUAAGAUCAAUGACUCUGUGCCGUUUCAUCUUGGCUGGAACGACACAGAGAAGACCAUGUACUUCCAGGCGAGGUACCAUGACACCCCUUACAAGCCAAACCCUGGUGAGGCACCUUGUGCUGAACUCAGCUACAGAGUCUGUGUGGGCUUGGAUGUCACAUCCAUUCACAAGUACAUGGUGCGCAGAUACUUCAACAAGCCCAACAAGGUGCCUUCCAAAGCCAUGUUCCGCCAUCCCAUCUGGUCCACGUGGGCGCUACACAAGACUGACAUAGACCAAGAGAAACUGUUGAAGUUUGCUGCCAACAUCCGCAAGCAUGGCUUCAACUGUAGCCACCUGGAGCUAGACGAUCGCUACACAAACCGCUAUGGGGAAUUUGAUUUUGACUUGGCCAAGUUUCCUAACGCUACAGCCAUGUUCCAGAAGCUCAAAACAGACGGAUUUCUGGUCUCUCUCUGGACACACCCUUUUGUCAACUAUGACUCUGAGAAUUUUCACACCUGUGUAGAAAGAGGGCUUUUUGUCAGAGAACCUACAGGUCGUCUUCCGGCUUUGGUAAGCUGGUGGAACGGCAUCGGGGGCAUUCUAGACUUUACCAACCCAGAGGCCCGUGAUUGGUUCGCCUCCCACCUGCGGUCUUUACGAUCCAAGUACGGAGUGUCCUCCUUCAAGCUGGACGCGGGUGAGACAAACUACUUGCCCUGGCAAUUCAGCACAAAAACACCCCUUCGCGACCCUAGCACGUUCACCCGUCGCUACACAGAGAUGGCUAUUCCUUACAAUGAGCGAGCCGAACUGCGUUCAGGCUACCAGUCCCAGAACAUCUCCUGCUUCUUCAGGCCCAUUGACCGGGACUCUGUUUGGGGCUAUGAGCUAGGCCUCAAGUCCCUUAUUCCCACCGUGCUUACCAUCAGCAUUCUCGGCUACCAGUUCAUCCUGCCGGACAUGAUCGGUGGCAAUGCCUAUCUGAACCGCACUGAUGGUGAGCGCACUUUACCGGACCGUGAGCUCUACAUCCGCUGGCUGGAGCUGUCGGCUUUUAUGCCCUCCAUGCAGUUCUCCAUCCCCCCCUGGGAGUAUGAUAACGAGGUGGUGGAGAUUGCCCGGAAGUACACUGCUAUCCAUGAGAGCAUAGUGGCCCCACGGGUUUUGGAACUUGCUGGGGAGGUGCUGGACACAGGAGACCCCAUCAUACGACCUCUGUGGUGGAUCGCCACUGGCGACGAGACUGCUUAUAAGAUUGACUCCCAGUUCCUGAUAGGGGAUGACCUCAUGGUGGCGCCAGUACUGGAGCCUGGAAAGCAGGAGAGGGACAUCUAUCUCCCGGCUGGACACUGGCGGAGCUACAAGGGAGAACGGUUUGAUAUUAAGGAGCCUCUGCACCUUACAGACUAUCCGGUAGAUCUUGAUGAAAUUGCUUACUUUGUCUGGGUUUAGUGAAGAGGGUUACAAGGCUGGACAGCUUAGCGGGUGGGCCUGCAUGCAUUUGUUUAUAGUAUUUUCUCUGAAGUCGGGGCUCACAGCACAUUUGUGUUCUUGUAAAUUUAGAAUCACUAUUAUUGAAGAAAUAUCAAGGCGAAACCUUUCCUGCUUGCUCAAACAUGUGCCUUUGCAAUAACCCAGGAAUGUAGCAGAGGAGGCAGGUGGGAGGAGCUAUAGGAGGACGGGGUCAUUGUAAUUACUGGAAUGGAAUUAAUGGAACGGAGUCAAGCCUGGUUUCCAUAUCUGUGUUUACCGUUCCAUUUAUGCCAUUCCACCCAUUACAUUGAGCCCAUCUUCCUAUAGACCCUCCCACCAGCAUCCUCUGGAAAGUAGAUAUGUUUAUGCAUCAUGAGAGACAUGACCCAAACAUUUAUUCAGCAUGACAUAACAGUCGACUAUUAACAGAAUAGUCAUCGGCUGUCUUUUAGACAUUUUUAAGGGCUGAUAUUUGAAUGCUUUCAUGUUUUAUUUAUGAGUCAACACACUAAGAAGGGAAGAAGUAUAUUUUGAUGUGAAAAUGCCUUGUAUACUUACUAAUAUGUUAAUGAUUUUUUGGUUUUGCUGAUAUUUUUGUUAUUGUGUCAAUGCACUUAACAAUACAGUGUGUAAUUGUUCAGUCAGUGGUUGUUCUGUUAAGGUUCUCGCCACUCUGAAAUCAAAAGAAGCUGCACAAACUAUCCAUUUAAUUUGGUGUCACUUUUUAAUAUUAUACCCUCAACCUUUGGCUAAAUAGUCUUUACAUUUCAGGCUUCAUUGAGAGGACUUGAAAUGGGUGCUAUUCCAUUUUUGUUUAAGCAGGCAAUAAUGAAAUAAUCCAAUAUGUAAGAUGCUAUGAGAUCUGAGUGAACUGAACUUUGAACUGGAACCACUGUGUGUGACAUAUGUCAAAUAUCCAUCCAGACUGUCCUAAAUGCCAUUUAACAAGUAAUAUACUGCCACAUUUUCAGCAUGAUUUAUGACUGCAUGAAUUAUACUUCUGACAGAUAUUUGAAUGUCAAUACUCUUUGUAAUUGUUAUAUUGCUAAAUGUUUUUACUGUUUUGUUAGCCAGUCCUUGGAGACCUUAAAGAUUGAACCUGUGUACGUUCACCAUGUCGCGGUAAUAUGAACUCUUAGGUCACCUAGGGGUCAUUGUUUUUACUGGCAGAAGCUUCUCCAUAACAUCCCUGCUUAUUUAUAGCAGUUCUCAUAUCGACCUUUAGUCUCGACCGUCAUCGUCUAUGUCUAGCACUAUUACCUUACAAGAGUAGAUCUAUGGUCUCCUGAAAGACUCGCUGGAACUAGCCUAAGUGUUUUCCACUUUUGGUACAUACAAAACAAGAACAUCAAGAUGCUGACAGACUUCUCUUUGAAUUUCAGAGCACUCUUUACCCAUGACAGGAGAUUUUGUAUGCAAGCCAAAAACAUGAGUGAAAUAGCAACAGUUUGCAGGGACUGUCAUUGCAGAUGAAACCGCUUUGAUUAAUUUUUAUAUUUAGUACCUUUUUAUUAUAUAUUUUUCUAGUGAACAGCAUAAUAUAGUAAUUUGGGCCAAAAGCACAAUAUGCGAUGGCUUGUCAAUACACGUUCAGCAUUAUGUGACCUGGAACAGAUUAGAUUGACAAAUUACAUUGUUUGUAUGUGGGAGAGUUAUUGUGAGGGUCUCCCACCACCAUAAAGUCAAGCAGUCUGAUUUGCAGUUGUAUUUGCUUGCAUCACAUUGUUCUCCAUGAGUGUGUGAACAGUGAAGGCUAUGGUAAAGCUAGUUUUAUAACAAUGUGAGGUUCAAAAGAGUAAAGUAUCAAUGUAUUGUUAGUCAGAGAAAGGUACGCACUGAUAUAGCAAUGAAUGUAUGGCUCAUGGCCUCAAAGGAUGGGUUGGGAAAACUUCUCCACUUUAUUUUUAAUUAUUUUUUUUUUUUCUCGCUUCUUACUGAUUUGUGACACUCGAGUCCUUUUCCUUUAGGAGGAUAGCUUUGGAAAUGCCUUUUUAUAGCCUCAGUGUAUGUUAAUCAAUUUCAUUGGUUUUUUUCUAAGCCAGAUACAACACAAAAAACAUUUCAAUCUACACACGACUACAAAAAGCUACUGUGUAAAAUUAUAUGUGGUUACAUAUUGCUAGUGGAGGUAGGCCUACUGAACUGUGCCAUUCAAGAACAUCAAAUUGCUGACAAUUUAAGUUAGCUAAGCAGAAAGACCGGUACCCCCAGCUACUAUGUUGCAUCCCUUGUUGCCAAUUUGGCAAAAGGCAACGCAAAUCUGUAAAGCUACAGAAAUGUGAGUUUGUUUCAAUGACGUAAGUAAGGACAUCUUUGGACCUUCGGUAUCAUUUUGAUGUAAAAAUACAUUUUGUCAUUCAGUAUCUUGCUGAAAUGUUGUAAAGUUAUAUAUCCUAAUGCUGAAUUUCAAGGACCACCACCAGCUUUGUUGAAAAUGCUUAGACAUGGUUGUGUUCUUUUAAUACAUUUUUUAAAGGCAAAUUUUAUUUUAAAGGCUUAUGUUAUCAGGGACAUUGAGUAGGUUUUAAUAUAUACUGAACAAAAUAUAAAUGCAACAUGCAACAAUUUCAAACAUUUUACUGAGUUAGUACAUAUAUGAAAAUCAGUCAAUUGAAAUUCAUUUUGGCCCAGCCAAUCAGAAUGAGUUUUUUUCCCCACAAAAUGGCUUUAUUUCAGACAGAAAUACUCACCACCCCACUCAGACAAUCCCGUAGGUGAAGAAGCCAGAUGUGGAGGUCCUAGGCUGGCUUGGAUACACGGGAUCUGCGGUUGUGAGGCCGGUUGGACAUACUGCCAAAUUCUCUAAAACAACGUUGGAGGCAGUUUAUGGUAGAGCAAAUAACAUUAAAUUCUCUGCCAGCAGCUCUGGUGGACAUUUCUGCAGUCAGCAUGCAAGUUGCACACUCCCUCAACUUGAGACAUCUGUGACAUUGUGUUGUGACAAAACAUAUGCUUUUUGUGUGUAUGGAACAACUCUGGGAUUAUUAUUUUUCAGCUGAUGAAACAUGGGACCAACACUUUACAUGUUGCAUUUAUAUUUUUGUUCAGUGUUGUUGCCAUGGUGAUGAUCUACUCAUAUGACUGUAGUACAGUAUUGCCACAGUUGCCUUUCAUUGUGAUGUUGACAUGUCACACUAACUCUCAAGUUUUUGUGAUUAGUAACUACUCCAAUUUAACCUGUAUUUCUAGGAACAAUACAAUGGAAGUCAUGUUGCCUUUGUCUUCAAUGCAUAGCCUGGAUUGUGUUUAUUCAUAUGACUAAAAUGUACAAU